GCGUGAGCCUGUUUAGAGUAGUGCGGCCAACAGUUGCGAGAGAGGCGGACGAGCUGAGGGAGCGCGAGCAGACCCCCGUGGACUGAGUGGUGACCAGAAAAACCGGAGGCACGGAGCCCCCCAGGGUAACCAUGGCUGUUUCAGCCCCGCCGGUCAUCUCGGCAACUUCGAGCAGCUGCAGCGGCAGCAGCGCCGGGGCCCCCGGGGGCUUGUUCCGGGCCGAGCCCCUCUACUCCAGCCCGUCCGAGUCCCCGCGGCUCACCAGCAGCAUGAUUAACAGCUUCAUCUCCCCCGGCGGCGGCGGCGGGAGCGGUAUGGGGAGCGCUCUGGGAAGCGCUCUGGGGAGCGGUCUGAGCGGCGGCAUGAGCAGGAUGGGCGGCGGCGGCGGCAUGAGCGUUCUGGGCGGUGGCGGUGGCGGCGGCGGUGGCAUGAGUGCGAUGAGCGGCGGCGGGAUGAGCGCCAUGAGCGGCAUGAGCGCAAUGAGCGCGAUGAGCGCUAUGGGCACCGGCGGCGGUGCCGGCGGCGGCGGCGGCAACGGCGGCAACAACGAGUGUAAGAUGGUCGAUCUGCACGGAGUGAAGGUGGCUUCUUUCCUGGUCGAGGGGCAAGAGCUCAUUUGCCUGCCUCAGGUCUUCGACCUGUUCCUGAAGCAUCUCGUGGGGGGCCUGCACACCGUCUACACCAAGCUGAAGAGACUGGAUAUCACCCCGGUGGUGUGCACUGUCGAGCAGGUCCGGAUCCUCCGCGGGCUGGGCGCCAUCCAGCCCGGCGUGAACCGCUGCAAACUCAUCACCAGGAAGGACUUCGAAACUUUGUACAACGACUGCACCAACGCCAGUUCAAGACCUGGAAGACCCCCCAAACGUUCCCUGGGAGUGGCCAUACAAGAAAAUGCACGCCUUCUGCCCCAUGGUGUUCCAGGCCUCAUAUCUCCUGGACUUAUCUCAUCAACAGGUAUUACAGCCGCUGCCAUGGCCGAGGCCAUGAAGUUACAGAAGAUGAAGCUCAUGGCAAUGAAUAGUCUCCACGGAGGUGGAAGCCAAAAUGGAACCGAAUCAGAAAAUGAAGAGCUUAACUCUAAUGCUGGUGGAAGUGAAUCCCCCUGGGACAAGGAAAAGAUGCAGUCUCCUAUGACUCCAGUAACCCAGCCCAAUGUAGGCCAUGCCACGCUGCCAGGCCAGGCCAGCCUUGGAAGUGCCCAUCCACUCAAUCCUCUGCAGCAAAACCACCUGCUGACCAACAGGCUUGACCUGCCAUUUAUGAUGGUGCCUCAUCCACUGCUGCCUGUCACCUUGCCUCCUGCAUCAGUUGCCAUGGCGAUGAAUCAGAUGAACCACCUCAAUACUAUUGCCAACAUGGCUGCUGCAGCCCAGAUGCACAGCCCACUCACCAGGGCAGAGGCUUCUGUCAUUAAGGAGAGGAUUCAGGAGAGCCCUUCACCUGCUCCUUCUUUGGAUGAGGGCCUUUGCCCUGUGAGCCUUGAGUCUUCCCAUCACAGCAGCAGCAUGUCCAGCUCUCCUUCUCAGAUGGACCACACCCCAGAGAGAUUUGCUAUGAUGUCUGCCAAUAGAGAGGGAGAGUUCACUGAUCAAGAUAAUGGAUCGAAUCCAAAAAAGCACCAGAAGGAGAAAGUUCUGUCAUUCAAUCAAGAGCUAUUUGAUGAUUCCCAGUCACUGUGGGGAGCAAAAAGAAGCUUAAGACAGGGAGCCGGGCCUCAAGAUGCUUACAGCCAAGUCUGGCCGCCAAGACGAACAGAAGAGGUGCAGGUUGCCAUGCCGAUCAUGAAACCAGGCCUAGAGAAGGCCCAACUGGCUGGACAAGCUAUGCCUGCUGGCUUCUCCUCACCAUUCAUUUUUGCUGAUAGCCUUUCCUCUGUGGAAACGCUUCUGACCAACAUUCAGGGCCUCCUGAAAGUGGCUCUUGACAAUGCUCGCAUCCAAGAGAAGCAGAUGCAACAGGAGAAGAAAGAGCUGAGGAUGGAGCUCUUCAGAGAGAGGGAGCUGAGAGAGACCCUGGAAAGGCAGCUUGCAGUGGAACUGCAAAGCAGAGCUACAAUUCAGAAGCGCCUGAAGAAGGAGAAGAAGGCCAAGAGAAAACUGCAGGAGGCCCUGGAGUUUGAAUCCAAGCGCCGGGAGCAAGUGGAGCAGGCUCUGAAGCAAGCCUCCACAGAUGCCGCCAUGCCAGAUCGGGAAGCAGAAAAUGGGACUCAGCCUGACAACGCAGCAACAAUGCAAGGCCCAGCGUUCCAUCCACUGCACCAUCUAGUUGUCCCUGAUGUGUAUAUACCAUACAAGAUUAGAGCUACGGAGUCUUUGAUGCAGAGAGCCAGGUGUACAUCAAGCCUCCCGUCAUGUACUGAAGGAAAUUUCUAUUAAAAAGAAUAUAUCCAUACACAUGCCAUCCAUUAUCUGAAGCUAUCUAGUUCCUUAAGUUGUUACCUUUGAUGCCUUCAGUGCUAUGUGAAGAACAGAAAUUGUAGCAUGAAACUUGAAGACGUUGGCUGCAUUGAAUACUGCAACAUCGAAAGCUUUUGUAAGCCGCUCACGCCAAACCAAGCCUGUUGCAAUUGAUCAUUUGUAGACCCCCCUUCCUCUAGAAGUUUUAGUCUUUUUAAGUACAUAUGAGAUUUAUUCCUUCCGAGAGAACUAACCUUUUAUUUUCCCCCCUUAAGGAGGUAGCUAUUACUGUCUAGCAGUGGCACAACCCUAUUAAUCGGCCCUAAUGGUCCCCGCUGGCUUUACCUAUGUGCAAAUCCUAAGUCCAGUUUAGCGCCAAAACUAUUCACCCUUGAGCUGUUUCAAUUGUGUUUAUAAAUUAAGCUUUGUUUAUGGAAGCAGAUAUUCCAUAUAUACUACAUUUUGCAGAGAAAUGUGUGUACGUUUUAAAAAAAAAAGAGGCAUAAAAAUGCCCUUUCCAUUUGAUGAAUGAUACGAAUAAUGUGUGAGCUUAACCCUAACCAGAUGAAGUCUUAUGGUUAUAAUUGAUGCUUUAUAUGCUCAGUUCAGCUUGGCUUUUGGUCUUUUCCAGUGAAAACAUUAAUAUGCAGUAGAGUGUUAGAACCUAGAAACUUUUACGUAUGGUUUCUCUGUUGUACCAUAUUAAGUUAAAGUACCCCUUCUUUGUUAAGAUGUUCUCGCUUAAAAUGCAGUAUUAAAAAAUCUUUCAUUGA